AUGUCAAAGAUAUCCAAAGCCGCCUUCGAAUCACUUGCCAAAAAGAUCAGAGAAAACGCGGAUUCGCUCAAGAACCUUAGCUUUCCUGAUGGAGCGACGUCCAAAACCGCCGUCCAGACACGGGACCUCCGUUUCGAUGUGCAUCGGAAUACACAAGACCCAACAAUGGCCACUGGAAUAAUACAGGCGAACAGUCAAGCAACCGACAGAACAGUCAAGGAAUUCAUCAAGGGUAGAACUGGCGGACAUGCUGGUACUCAUCAGGUUAUUGGACAGAAGAUACGAUUCAGUCUGGGAGAUCAAUUUAAGGUUGAAGAAGUGGCGGGUGCUGUUGAGAAAACCGAAUGA